UUUGGGUGCAAAAGAACGGGGCCGAGUGCACGUGGCCCCAGGCGAGUCUCGGGCCAGAGGCAUUUUUGUCUCUGCCGCCGAUGCGUCCUUAGAGUGACGACACGAACAGCAUGGGCCUGCAAGCUUUCUUGUCCUGCUUUGGUUGCCUAUAUUUACGGGUUUUCUUUAUUAGGCGCAAGCUGAUGGUGCAUCCGCUGUGCGAAAAAUGUCGCAGUGCUGGGAAGAGGCGAGCACGGCUUCAGCCUGGCACAGCCAUUCCUGGCCUCCAGACAUGGAGAAAAAUCUGGGCGUGUUUUUUUUUUUCACUUUGUUUAUUCUGGGCUGUUCUGCUCUGUCUGUUCUGUCAUUCCACGUGCUGCAUAGAAAAAAUUUUCUGACUGAUUUGAAAGAUAUUUAAUGGGAUGAAGAUGCCACUUCGAUUAGUGGGCCAACUUCUAUUGGAAUGAAGUUAAAUAUCAUG